GUCUUAAAUUAAACAAAUAUUAAAAUAAUCAUACGAGAUGCGGCUUAUGCAAUUAAAAACAUUUACAUUAAAAAAAGAACAAUAUUACUGCUCAUUUUGCGUGGCGGUUUCUUCAGCCCAACCCCAAUGAACUCCGAAGCAUUUGUUUACCAAGGGUUGCCAUAGUGACCAAACAAAAGAUUGACGCAUGCUUGGCGGAGGAGAUAGUUAGGGGUGAAUAUUUUUUUCCGCAGCAAAGAUACGCGUGGAACGGUUCCGGCCAGACGAUAAAAGACGAUAUUUAAAGUUUGUGAUACAAAUUGUUGCUUUCCAAAACUCUGCACCGAAUGGACGCCAUUUUGUACGAGGCAGCGCAGCGGUAGAUGGAACGGUGAUUGCGAGCAGUGGAACAAAGAGAAGCCUUUGGAAGCGGCCCAUGGAUCCAACGCCUCGGCUGUGACAGAGUGAUGGAAAACUCGCGGCAGCCGACCGAUUUUUCCGGCUGUGGAAAUGUGGACAGCAGUGGUCUUACACUGUCAAACCAGCGGUCAAAAGGUGUGGGCCGCUUAGUACGCAAAACUAGUGCGGAGAUAGUGAGUGAAGCUAAAAGCAUGCUAGCCGGAGGAGGCACACGGCUGGUAUCGGCCCGUCGACCGAUAACGCCGCGCGAACCAAGAAGACAGCUGUACGGUCGGCUGGCUCCUCCGGGGCGACCUCCGAGUGCAAUAAAUUUGAAGUAUUUGCAGCAGGGAGUUCACGCGCUGCCCUCGCUUGAGCCCAUCCAGCCGAACAACGGUGCUGCGGCGUCCGCCAGCUCGUCCGCACGGUCGGAAUCCGCCGAUGGCAUAGGCAGCAGCAGUGUUGGCUUAGGGUGUGAUGGCGCUGGACAUAGUGUCCCGAUGCUAGUUGGCAGGGAAAAGCUUCCAGCCCUCGUCAGUAUUCAGCAGAAGGUUUCCGGAUCGUUAGAGAAUGAUACUGACCGUGAUUUGCCGGAUAGCAAAACGUUGAAGCAGUCGAAGAAGGCAGCAGAAUCACCCGGAGCACCGAGCCCGGCAAAUAGUAUUGUGAAGAAUCAUCCCCUGAAAAGACGACAGGUGCAGUCGUUUGAAGAGACAAUUCCGACAGCCAUCUCGAUCGUACCGGAACGUAGCAAGAAUGCUUUUGAAGAUCAAUCGAAGCUACUGCGAAGAAGCAAUGAUUUGCUGCUACACUCAUCGACGGAAGCGUUGCUGGAAAUGCUGAAAGCAUAUUCCGGAUUGAAAGAAUGUGACGAGAGUACAGUCGCUCAUAUAAGUGCGAUACUGCAAGAACUGUACGUACGGGUUAAGGACGCCAAGGGCAGUUGGCGUGGUGCUGUGCUGGGAGCAUUGUAUGGAUUGGUGGAAGCAUCCGCAUCGAAGAUUUUGCUGCUGGUGGCUGGCAUAGUGCUGGCAAUGAAUGUUAGCGGAAGCAACCUGACUGGGGCUUGUAAGCUAGUCUUCAAGAUAGCUCGCAAUGAAAGUAAUGACACCCUUUUCAUGGACAGCGAUGUGCCCGAGCUACUAGUGGAUGGACUUGGGCGUGCAUCGCCAAUCGACGAUUCGGAGGCAUGCAUUUAUGGGUACGGAGCAGUACGAUUCCUUACCGGUUCGUCCAACGCAUCCAGCACUGCAACGGCCAUUGCCACGGAGGCCGGUGACCACGGGCAACAACGGUCGUUAGCCGUUCGAUUGGCCAAACGGGGGCUCUGCCAGCUGAUGGUGUUGCAUUUGAAAAUGAUCAACGAUAUAGCGUCCACCACGCAACUGUCCGGAUCGCCACUGCACGCAUUAUUUCAACUUUCGGGUGCAUUGCGCACUUUGGCAGGCAACCGUUGCAUAGUCGGUUCGCGCGUUUGUCCGCUGUCCGACCAAAUGCAUCAGCAACACGCGGUGGCGACAGGUCGCCCGACCGCUGCAGAGCAAGAUGACGUUCAAGAUGUAGCACAGCUCGAACAAGCCGUGCCACUUUUGGUGCGAGCCGCGGAGAUGUGCAUCAAAGAGCCUGAAGUACAGGCCAACAUCAUACGCACGUUAAGCGUGCUCUCGGAGCGGCCAGAGUGUUGCGAGCGGUUGGCUGUGGCUGCGUCUCGCUUGGGCAUUCUGCUCGGCUCCAUCGUCCAAACCUGCCAGACGGUGGAGAAAGGUUUGGCGACCUGCAACCGGUUGGGCUACAUUCUGGGCAAUGUAAUGUCGCGCUGGGAUACGGCGCGCAUCCAGUUCCAUUGCUGUGAUGUGUCGUGCGACGCCUUACUGGCCACCUUGGAGUACUACGCCAGCAAGAGCUUCACCAUGAAGAAUCAGAUGGGAGACUCGAUCGCGCAGGUGCUGACAAAGCUUAUUCGAAUCGUAGCAAAUAUGUGUGUGAACGGCGAUGUUGGCUACGGGAUGAGCAAGCGGGCACCGUUGGGCGAAAUUCUGCUGAAUAUUCUGCUCAAGGUGAAGGAUGCCAAGACAGCAGAGCUGGAGGAGCUUCUGUUUGCAACGCUUGGCGCUUUGCAUAACCUUUCGUACUACUACGAACCGGUCGACUUGGAGGGAACCUGUCACAGCGCGCACCCCGGAAGCAUCGGAGAACGCAUGAGGGACAUCUGUGGGACGCUGUGCGCCAUACUGAAGAGCGAUCAGAACCCAGCCCGCUCGGAAGUGGCCCGUGUGCUGGGUAACAUGACCCGGAACGCUUCGAUACGUCAAACGUUCUGCGCGGAGAAUGGCAUGAAGAUCCUGAAGAGCUGCUUGACGUCCGAGCACGACGAGCUGAUGGUUACGUCCUGCGGCGUUUUGGUGAACAUGCUUGGCGAUUGGUCCAGCAGGGUUCCGUUUCGCGGAAUUGAUGGUCCCAUCAUACUGAGACGCUUGCUGCGGAAGGGCGUCGACAAUCGGGACUGGAUUAUGGCUGGGAUUGCGUGCCAGGCCGUAUGGAACUAUUUGAUCGAUACGUCGGAUAUGUUGGCAACGCUAGGCCAGACGGAAAUUGACUUAAUUUGUGAAGCUUUGGCGGAAGGGCUUGAUGAAGAGAGCCUGUUCGGUGACAAGGAACCGGACAAUUUUUGGGAAGACUUUGCACCCGUAGCAACGGAUCUGCUGGAACGGUUACAAAUUUGUAUGUCGAAUGGUAACUCUCCGUGUGAGUCGUCGGACGAGGAAAUUGGAUAAACUGGAGCUUGGUGCAAGUGGGAGACGGCUGGGAGAGGUCAAUGCAAAUGCAAGUGCAAUAGAAACAGAACCACUUUCAUACUAGCUUGUUGUAACAAUACUUACCAAAUAAAGUAGUAUGUACUUUUACAAACGCAA